CUGGGUGAGUGCAGUUUCCCGCCCUUAGUGAUGUGGGGACCCAGCGAGAUGGAGCUCACUUUAGGAAACAGCGGGGAGUCCCCCAAAGGACUAAGGUAUUCCAGCCACACCCGACUAACGCUGCAAAUAUGUAGGAAAGAGAGUGAAGCAAGAUAUUUUUAAUGAGUAGCCCUGUCUAGUAGUAGAUCCCUCAAAGCACCAAGUGUGGGUAGGGGUUACAUCCGGCACCCGGCAGUCAGGAGUCAUUGGCCACGCACCCUUCGCCAGCGUCCAUUCUGCCGAAAAGCAAGUUCUGGCCUUCUGCAGUUAAUGCUUUUUUACCCAUCAGCAAGAUGCACCAAGAUGAGACUUAGAGAAUCUACAGUCAGCUUGGGUAGAUUUCUGAGCAGCAAAUCUGCCUCAGGCAGAACAGUGGAGAACAGGGUAGCUGCCAGCCUGGGACCACUAGGUGCUGCACAGAAGCAGGAAAAGGAACCAGCUGCUCCUAUAUAUAGGUCUGGAGCACUUCAUUAGAAGGCAGAGGAAGAGGUUGCCUGGAGAGUGGCUGCAGCCCUGCUUUGAGCGCUUUGACACAGCAGACAGUUACACAGCAGUCAUGAGUACAACGAGUAAGGAGUCACUGGAGAGCAAUCUGCGACAGCUAAAAUGCCAUUUCACCUGGAACCUGAUAGCAGAAGAUGAGUCCUUGGAUGAGUUUGAGGACAGGGUGUUUAACAAGGAUGAGUUUCAGAACAGUGAGUUUAAAGCCACCAUGUGCAACAUACUGGCCUAUGUAAAGCACUGCAGAGGUCUAAAUGAGGCAGCACUGCAAUGCUUAGGGGAAGCUGAGGGCUUCAUCCAGCAACAGCAUCCUGACCAAGUAGAAAUCAGAAGUCUGGUCACCUGGGGAAACUAUGCUUGGGUCUACUAUCACAUGGGCCAGUUCUCAAAGGCUCAGGCUUAUCUGGAUAAAGUGAAACAGGUCUGCAAGAAGUUUUCCAGCCCCUACAGGAUUGAGAAUCCUGCUCUUGACUGUGAGGAGGGGUGGGCCCGAUUAAAGUGUACCAAGAACCAAAACGAGAGAGUGAAGGUGUGUUUCCAGAAGGCUCUGGAAAAGGACCCGAAGAACCCAGAAUUCACCUCUGGAUGGGCCAUUGCGAACUACCGUCUGGAUGACUGGCCAGCAAGGAAUUACUGCAUUGACUCUCUGGAGCAAGCCAUUCAACUGUCUCCUGACAACACUUAUGUUAAAGUCCUCUUGGCACUGAAGCUUGACGCGGUACAUAAAAACCAAGCAAUGGCGCUGGUUGAAGAAGCCUUAAAGAAAGACCCAAGUGCAAUAGAUACACUCCUCAGGGCAGCCAGGUUUUAUUGCAAGGUAUAUGACACAGACAGAGCUAUACAGUUGCUUAGAAAGGCUUUGGAAAAGCUGCCAAACAACGCCUAUGUGCAUUACUAUAUGGGGUGCUGUUAUAGGUCAAAAGUCCAUCAUAUGUUGAACAGAAGGGAAAUGGUAUUUAGUGGGGAUAGGAAGAAGUUAGAGGAACUAAUACAACUGGCAGUGAAUCACUUACGGAAAGCAGAGGAAAUCAAGGAGAUGCUUGAAUAUUCCUGUAGCUUCCUUGCUGAUCUUUAUAUCAUAGCAAAAAAGUAUGACGAAGCCGAUUACUACUUCCAGAAAGAAUUGAGCAAGGACCUCCCUCCUGGCCCUAAACAGUUACUCCACCUUCGGUAUGGCAACUUUCAGUUUUUUCAAAUGAAGCGUCAAGACAAGGCUAUCUACCAUUAUAUGGAGGGUGUGAAAAUAAAGAAGAAAACAAUCCCCCAAAAAAAGAUGAGAGAGAAACUUCAAAGAAUUGCCCUAAGGCGGCUUCAUGAAGAUGAGUCUGAUUCUGAGGCCUUGCAUAUCUUGGCAUUUCUUCAGGAGAAUGGAGGAGGUCAGCAAGCUGAUAAAGACUCUGAGAGGGGAGUGGACUCUGCAAACCAGGUACCUUCAGCAUCUUUGGAUGAAGCAGGUGCUGAAUACUAGUGAUGUGGUACCCGGCCUACUGCUGGAAGGAAAAAGAAAGCCCUCACCAAGCUGCCAUUCAAAAUACUUAACCACUUCCUGGAUCAAGAAUGGGCUAUCAUACUGACUAUAGUAUUUGUCAGGAGUUUGGGGAACUCUGCUAUCAGAUUCUAGCACCUGAGUUUCUGGAUCGUGGGAUGGUCUGGGAGAGGGACCAGAUGAGGUGAUAGAUACAGGAUCUUGGCAAACAGCCUAGAGCUCUUUCAAUUUUUUUUUGGAAAAAUAGUUUCCACAGUAGUAAAUUCUUUAAUCACACCCACCCCUCAGUGGAGGCUUGUCUUGGGCUUGUUUCAGUAUUUGUAUAAAGCAGCCAAAUUCCUCACAUGGGUGAAUGUUCCAUCCUUGAAUUAUUUUAGAUAUUGCACAGCAUUUUCUUCAUAGAUAAUAGUGUCCAUCAAAAAGCUGAGGAGUCAGAGACUGUGGCUCAGGACUGUAAUCCUAGCACUUGGAAUCUGAGACAGGAGGAUUACAGUGAACUUGAGGUCAGCCUGAGCAUGACCUGGAAGGGAUGGUGGGAGGUGAGAAUUAUAUGUAUAAAUAUUAAUGAUUAUGUACAUUACCUUGUUAGUUUGGGUGAGUAUAUGUCUAUAUAACCACUAUCACAUAUAUCUAAAAAUACAGAAGGGAGAGGUUUUGCUUUAUUGAAUAACUUUAAGACUUACCAAAUAAUGUUCAAUAUUAAUUGAGCUCAAAAUAUAAAUUGAAUAGUGAGUCCCAGGUCUGGAAGGGAUGGUGGGAGGUGAGAAUUAAAUGUGUAAAUAUUAAUGAUUAUGUACAUUACCUUGUUAGUUUGGGUGAGUAUAUGUCUAUAUAACCACUACUAUCACAUAUAUAUAAAAACACAGAAGGGAGAGGUUUUGCUUUAUUGAAUAACUUUAAGACUUACCAAAUAAUGUUCAAUAUUAAUUGAGCUCAAAAUAGAAAUUGAAUAGUGAGUCCCAGGUCUAAAAACAAACAACAAAAGUUGUGGGACCAAGUCAUUCCUCCAAUUACCAGCCAGUUCUCAAUCUAUGGUGUCCCACACACAUGAGUUCAACUGUUCCAUUAGCUCAGGUGGCAGCAGGAUUCGAAAAACUGAGGACAGGGUGAGUCAGAAGGGUCACAUCUGUGCAAAGCAGUAGACUCAGGCAGCCACACCAGACUUCCAGGAGUCGCAUGGGAAGAUGUCUCCCUACUCUGCCCUCCUAGAACUAUAUAGUUGUAGGAAAAGAAGGGAGAUUCUGUCUACCACCAUGACAAUUCAUAUAAACAUUUAUUUCAAGAGUAUGGAAACACCAGUGGGGAUGAAGGGAUUGCUGAUUUAUACGCGAUGAUUAUAAACUCAUGAGGAAAAAGUUUAUAGUCACUGUUAGGAAGAUUUCUCUGUCAAAUAAAUAAUUUAUUCAGAAAUGCUAUAAAGAAAUGCCAGGAAGACAGCUGCCUAGAAGGAUAACUUGGAUUGAUGCUUGGGUCAAGGGACUUUGAAAAUGUCAUGGGUACUGGAGUUGAGUUGUUUUAUUCCAUGUGAAAUGUGUCACACCAAGGGAUAUAAAUAAUUUUUAUAACUCUGAAAAAAAAUACAGAAACACCACAAACUUGAUAAUUGCCAUUUCCUAGGUAGAUCUGGAAGGGCCUAAAUGUUAAGGUUGGUGUGAAUUGACAGAGUCAAGUGGCCCAGUAUGAGACGGUCAGCCACACUCUGGGAUAAAAAAAUGUUUCUCUACUGGGUUCAGCUUGUCUCUAUGUAUAUAUGAACAUUUUAUUCAGCAAUUAAAACAUCCAUGAUUCAUAGAUUGUUAAAACUAAACAUUCUAACAGCUGUAUCAGUGCUUCAUAAUAUUUUAAAAAUGAAAAUAUUCUCUAUGCAUUAAGUCCAUCGAUAUUCACCAUUUGAAUUUCUGGAAAAAUAAUAAACUUUGUUUAUAAGUAACACAUAAUGUAACAUUAAGCUAUGCUCUGGUUCCCCUGAACUUUACUGUACCUUCGUAUUUUUAGACUCAAGUACUGAUAAUAAAGAGUGCAUUAACUGUUUGUUCUUUUUA